AUGUCGGCAGCGGUAGCAGAAGUUAAGGCGGUCGUCGCCCCUCAGCAGAAGACAGGUAUCGAUCUGUACUCGAGGUUCGCGUUAGCUGGUGCCGUUGGUUGCGCCGUCACCCACGGUGCUCUUACUCCAGUCGAUGUCGUUAAAACCCGUAUCCAGCUCGAACCCACCGUCUACAACAAGGGUAUGAUCGGUGGAUUCAAGCAGGUCAUCCAGGCUGAGGGUGCCGGCGCCCUUUUGACCGGUCUCGGACCCACUGUCAUCGGUUACUUCCUCCAGGGUGCUCUCAAGUUCGGAGGAUACGAAUUCUUCAAGAAGCAGUCUAUCGACUUCCUUGGUGUUGAAACUGCCACUAACAACAGAGCCGCUGUCUAUAUGGGAUCCUCUGCUCUUGCUGAGUUCUUUGCCGACAUUGCUCUCUGCCCCCUUGAGGCUACCCGUAUCCGUCUCGUCUCCCAGCCUACCUUUGCCAGCGGUCUCGUCUCCGGUUUCGCCAAGAUUUUGUCGCAGGAGGGUAUCGGUGCUUUCUACAGCGGUUUCGGACCCAUCCUGUUCAAGCAGGUUCCAUACACCGUUGCCAAGUUCGUCGUCUACGAGAAGAUCUCCGAGGGUAUCUACAAUAGCGUUGUCGACAAGUCGACUGCUAGCGGCGCCACUCAAACCAUUGUUAACUUGAGCUCUGGUCUCGGUGCUGGUUUUGCUGCUGCCAUCAUCUCCCAACCAGCUGAUACUAUGUUGUCCAAGAUCAACAAGACCAAGGGUCUUCCUGGUGAGAGCACCACCUCCCGCCUCAUCAAGAUUGGUGGUGAGCUCGGCCUCCGCGGUUCCUUCACCGGUCUUCCAGCCCGUCUCUUCAUGGUUGGUACCUUGACCGCCUUCCAAUUCGCCAUCUACGGUGACAUCAAGAAGGCCUUGGGCGCCACCGGUGGAAUUGAGCUUGGUGCUAAGCAUUAA